AUGGAUCAAAUUUCUUUUUCUUUAUUUUUGAAUCAUGAAUACGACAAAGCUAUUCAAGCAUUUAAACGUGCCAUACAACUAGCGCCUGAGUCGGAUUAUGCAUAUACACUGCUGGGCAAUGAAUAUUCACUUAUCGAUGAACUGGAACGUGCUAUGGCAUGUUUUCGAAAGGCGAUUCAAUUAAAUUCACGGAGUUACAAAGCUUGGAAUGGUGUGGCGAUGGUUUAUUUAAAACAAGAAAAAUUUCAAUCAGCUGAAUUUCAUUUUACAAAAGCAACAAGCAUCUUCCGGACGAAUCCUGAUCUUAUCUGUCAUUUAGCAGUGGCUCAACACAAAUGUGGUCGAUCGGAAAGUGCACUAACAUUACUGAACGAUGCAUUGAUAAUUGAUUCGAAAAAUGCUCUAUGUAAAUUUCAUAAAGCUGGCCUAUUAUUACAUCUUGAACGAUAUCAAGAAGCAUUGGCAGAACUCGAAGAAUUAAGACAAAUCGCACCGAAAGAAUCGCUUGUUUAUUAUCUACUUAGUAAAGUUCAUCGACAUUUGAAAAAUUUUCAUUAUUCCUACAUGUACAUGUCAUGGAGUAUGGACCUCGAUCCGAAAGGUGCCAAUAAUCAACUGAAAGAGAAUGCCGAUAAAUUUUAUUCGAAAGACGAAGAUCUCCUUCUCGGCAUGGAAGACAUGGCCUCUUCAGUAACGGAUGACGACAACAGUCAAAUGCAAUCGCAAAGUUCUCUACAAGAUAUUCAACCCAUGGACUCAAGCGAAGAAAUUCUGUGA